AUGCAAUUUUUUCCAAUUCUAAUAUUUAUUUCAUUUGUUUUGUCUUUAAGUACACAAGAUCCAUUUUAUAAACAAGUUGCUGAAUUUGCAGAAUGGAAGAAAACAAACCGAAAUGAAACUUUUGAAAUUCAAUCAUCUAAGAAAUCUCCUCCAAAAUGGCAAAUGAGUGCUGGUGUAUUUGCAAACAAAGCAAAGCAUUUCAAAGAUGCAUGUGAAAUAAAAAGAAAACCACUUCAUAUAAAACAACCAGUGUCAGAACCAAUGACAGAACCAGUAACUACAAUUAAGCCACUACCAUCAAAAAAGAAGAUUACAUAUUGGGAAGAUAGUGAUAGUUCAUCUGAAGAUUUAAGUUCAAUGGAUUCUGAAAGUGGAAGUGAUAUAGAUUGGUCAGAUUCAGAUAGUGAUUCAGAUAAUGAUUCCAAAUUAUUUUGGUUAUUUAAUACAAACAAUAGUGAACACAACAUUAAAAUUAUUCCUACUGAUGAAAUGACUACAAAAAUUGAAGGUUAUAAAGAUGUUUACAGAGAUAAGAAAAGUAUGGAACAGGAUGAAGAAGGUCCUAAAAUUGGAAAAAGAGAUUAUGAACCUGUUGAAUCAAAAGCUUCUAGAUUAUCAAUAUUUAAAUUUUAA